UUCACUCAGGAAUGUGGCUGCCAAUCGCCUUCUGUAGACCGUAAAGCUAGUUUGGAAUGUCUUCGAAAGUUGGAUCCAUUAACACUUGUUAAUCAACUGGAUAGCAUAAAUGUGGCUAUUGGUAAACGUCGUUAUGAUACUGUUCAAAAAUAUCUACGACCCAAAAAUCAUCAACAUGAACCGUUCCUAUUAAGCCAGUCUACAAGUACUCGAUUGUAUUUCGAUGUUCCAUUGCAACCAGUUAUUGAUGGUCAUCUUAUGCCGAAACAUCCUGAUCAAAUUUUUCAUGACAAAAAUACAUUAAAAGAUAAACCAGAAUUAUUGAUUGGUGUUAACACCAACGAGGCAAUGUUUUUCCUCCUCCCAGGCAUUUCAAUAAAAGAUACGCAAUUCCUAUUCCCAAAUGGUUCAGUUAUUAUGCCUGACACUAUAGGAUUGGCUGGUAAGAAACAACCAUUUAAACAGGGAGAAGAAAUAGCCGAUUUCUAUUGGAUCACAGCCACACAGAUAAUAGAAGAAUCUCAUAUGAGACCUGGUCUAGCAAAAUUACCAUCAUAUUAUUAUAAUUUACCACUCAUUUCCAGUCCAAAACAAGGUUACUAUGAUCCGGAUACCAUACACAUCAAAGAUGAAGAACUUCUCAGACGAUUAGAUAAAUUUGCCGGUGAUUUAGACUUUGCUUGUCCAACUUUAAAUUUUGCUGAACAAGUUGCUAGACUACCAGAUGCUAAAGUAUUCCUAUAUCAUUUUAAUAAACGUACUGAAUCACUUCCUAUGCCUACAUGGACAGGUGUUAUGCAUGGCUAUGAAAUUGAAUAUAUUUUUGGUAUACCACAUGAUCCGGAAUUUUCAAAACAAUUUUAUAAUUUUACAGAUCCUGAAAAGAAAUUCAGUUCCAGAAUGAUGAAAAUGUGGACUAAUUUUGCUAAAACUGGACAUCCAUCUAAAAGUGAUGAUGGUCACGUGUCUAUACCAGAAUGGCCUUUGUUUCGUCGUACUGAUGGAUUUAUAUCAAGCGACCCUGAUCACUUGAUUCUAGAAAAUGAGACUAAACUCGGCAGUGGAUUACACCGUGAUCGCUGUGCGUUUUGGUUACAUGAAAUGAAAGACAUGACAGAUAUAUUAAACGAUACAUGUGAAUGUUCUAGUGGAAUAAAACCAACUGGAAGUUAUCUAUUCAUCAUUGGAUUAUGGUUACUUCUUUUCAUUGGAUAUUUAUAAAGUAGUUUUUAUAUUGAUGAGCAUGUUUAUUUUUUUCUUUUUCUUGCUGUUCUUGUCGUUGUUGUUGUUGUUGCUGUUGUGGGAGACAGUUUGCAACGACAAUGAACAGAAGAGAUUGUUUUAAAUUUAUUCAAAUUAGUGGAAUUAAAAUUGAAUUGGUGAUAGUUGAGCAACUUCUUCUUUUUCAUCUUCUUCCUCUUCUUCUUCUUCUUCUUCUUCUUCUUCUUCUCUUACCGAAUUUGACAUAUAUAUUCAUAGAUGAAUAGAUAGAUAGAUAUAUCUCUUCUUUCAUGGUAAUUCAAAUAAGCAUCUCAGUUUAUUCAAUAGAGUUUUGUUUGUUUGUUGGUUAGUUCUACACUUUUACUAUAGCGGAGUUCAUUGUAUACACGUUCAUAUUACAUCUAGUGUAUUGUUUACAUUUCUCAUGAUCAAUAUUGUAAAGUUAAUUCAUAAAAAUGUUCCAUUGUUCCAUAGAUAUUUACCUCUGUUAAUUUCUCUGUUGUUUUUCUUUUGUUUGCAUAAAUCUAUACUUUGUAUAAAAACAAACAAACAAACAAUCGAUAAAACUCUUACACUUAUUUACUUACUUAUAUAUCUGUUACCUUUCGUGGGGGGGGGAGAGUACAGUUUGCCCAGCAACUAACACAUCAUAUACAUUUCAUAUAUUGUGUAGUAACUAUCUCAGUUUUUAUAAAAAUGAUUUCACAGAUUUAGAAUGUAAAAAACAAAUCAGUAUUAUUUUAAUUUUUUUUCCCUUUCAAAUUACCAUUAACCGACUAAAUUGAUUUUAUAUUUAAAUAUUGUAGACUUUCUAACAUAAAGUUAAAGCCUAUUCAGUGUCUUGUUCUCCUGUGAUGCAGAAUUGAGCUAUACUGUUUGAGUUGUCAUGUAAAAGUCUGUAUGGUGCCUGGUUCUUUUGAAUACCAAUGUAAAAUUACCCUGGCCCAUAUGGGUAUAUUAUAUAACUAGACAUUUGAACUAAUUUGUUGUUUUUUUUUUUGUGUGCUCAGUUUUGUUGUUUUGUUGCUUGUUUUAUUCACUACUAAUAACUAACUACUAACACAUGGUAACAAUGAAUAUUGUUAAUUCUAUUCUUGUUCAAUGAAAUAAAAUAAGAAGUUUAUUAAUUAAUUCA